UUAGAUCUGACAACUAUCAAGGUGGUAUGGGGAAUGUUCUCUGUCGCUCUGUGAACUUGUAUGCGAUUUGGCAUGGUUUGAAAACUAAUAACAGUGAACUAUUAAACCUCAUCUAGUAAAAUAUCUCCUGUGGCUAGUUAGGUUUUUUAAUUUCGUCACAUUCUAUCGGUUCAUUGACUGAUUACCCAGCUAUAUUUUUCCUGUCUGAAGCCUAACCAACCUUACACCUCUGCACAAGUGUUAGAUGGGUACAUGAACAUUCUCUGACCGUCAUCUAACAGAGGAAUAAUGUGUAGUUAAUGAAGAUUACGAAUUCAUAAUUCACCUAUGAGCUCUUAUCAUUUGUGCAAAGAUUCCUAAUUAUUACUGGAUUUAAGUUUCAGUAAUAAUUAAACUAGGGUUUUACUGUUGUGUUGUUUUAUGUCUUGUAUUCAUUUUUAGACUGGAACUGUCUCUGGAACGGAGUAUGUAUCUUCUAGUCAUAUAUCUGUUCUUCAACCACAAAAACCGAUUCUCUGCACAAUGUCAAACUAUUCUUCAUCAACCCUUGGGCGUACCAAUACAGUGAUGCAUUUUGUCACAAAUACGGCGAAUACUCUGAAUUCAAUUAGUGCAUUGACAAGCGAUAGUAAUACUACAAGCUUAGUUUCCAGUUCACACUCUGCAUUUUCACCUUCUGUCUCCUCUGAUGGAUCUAGUACUGGUCCUGUAAGAUCCCUUUCUCAACGGUCUAGUCCUGGUGGGUUAUCAUCGUCAUCAUCAUCAUCAUCGUCUACUAAUACUUCUUCUAAUCCUACAUCUCGGCAAUCCUUUCGGAUAGAUGAUGAUUAUCCAACAGUUCCUUCAAGAGAAAUAAAUUCUACUGGAUCUUUGGAAAAUAUGCCAUCUGUAGAGGGUGUUGCACGGUCAAGCAUUAAACCAACAAUUCGUAUACAGUCGCGUUCAGCAUCUAGUCCUUCACGUUCAUCCUCUCCACCGUCUAUUUUAUCAGCUGUACCAUCUUUGUUACCAACUAAUCGUAAAUCAGCAGAUUCUCCUAUAUAUUCAUUAUCACAACAGUCAUUAAACUCAGGAAGUUGUGAAUUAUCUGACAACUUGAGUGGAAGACCAAAACGUCGUAAAUUUAGAUGAGCUUUUAUUCAAUAGUUUUUUGUUUUGUUUCCUCGAAGUUAUCCAGUUUAUCAUUAUUAUUAUUAUUUUAUUUGUUUCUUGUAUUAUUAUUAUUAUUAUUACUAAUAUUUUUGUUU